AUGGCACAACUAACAAUAGGCCAAGUCCAUAACUCAUACCUGCAGGCCGACAUUACGGCCCUCAGCGAGAAAGUGGGAGAACUCAGCAGUCAUUUCGAAAAGCUUCCUAAAGCCACAACAAAGCUCACCCCGAAAGGCUCCGACACAACCCGUAUCCGUACCACCAUCCACACAUGUGCCGGCCUCAUCAACAACCUCCUCUACUCGAGCAUCGACCAUUGGAUGACGCUCAAGGCGGUAGCGAUACCACAUAUGAACGCCGCGGAGAAGCUCACUCUUGACAACCAUUUAUCCGACACCACUUCGCUCAAACAGCAGUACCAUCAGUUGUGUGUGGAGAUUAACCCCUUCUUGGCCACCUACGACGAGGCGCUUACUGUCCCGGGUGAGGGAAAGGAUGAAGCUGAAGAGCAAGAGGAAGGUUGGCUCAAGUUAUCAGAGCAUCGACUAGUGCAUUACCGCGAGGAGGUGGAUAUUCUAGAUGAGCUUGUUGAUGACCUUGAAGAUAUGGCGGUAGAUUUCAAGGUCGCACUAGAGGACACCGAGGACGUCUCUUCCGAAGAGGACGAACCGAUGUUUGACUUUGGGCGUGAAGAGAGUCUGCCAAGGGUGAUAAUAGGAAGAAAAAACGAGGACCAAAGGGUCGCCACUGGGGAACAUAGAAAGGAGAUCAGGGAGUGCGUUGCAGCGGUGGACGGGUGCCUGUCGCGAGUGAAGUAUUGGGACUUGAUGAGUAGCGCGGAGUUGCUCAGUGAGCAAAGUGAGGAGGAGUUGCAGGAGGAGAUGAAGGAAGUCGCGGAGAGAUCAGAGGGCGUAGAGAGGAGGUUUAGCGCGCUUUGUCGGGAUCUGGAGGCGGGUAUGAGCGUUUGUGGCGAUAGUUUAAGGGGAUGA